UCAUCUCUCCUAUCUAUCGUCUAUCUAUCCAUCCAUCCAUCCACCAUUCCUCUCUCUCCAUCUCUCUCUCCUAUCUAUCUAUCUAUCUAUCUAUCUAUCUAUCUAUCUAUGCCCAGAAAGUGGGCUAAUUUCAAACCUAGGUCACCAGGGUUGUGUGAAUGCAGGCUCUCUCACAAGGCCUGACUGUGUGAUGUCUCCCUCACUUGGAAGCCACCUUUCUCAGGUCUGGGUUCAGAAGUGCGAACCCCUCGUGAGGCUAUGUUUGACUCUCUCUUCUCUCCUUUGCAGGUGACGCCAUGGCUUUGGGGCCACAAUCUGGAUUGUCUUUUCCGUGGGCCGCAGCGGAAACUUUGGUGGCGCUACCGCCAAAGGCUGCUGUGUCCUUCAAAGAGGUGGCUGUGUAUUUCGCAGAGGAGGAAUGGGCCCUGCUGGAUCGGGGCCAAAAGACCUUGUACAGGGAAGUCAUGCUGGAGACGUAUGGGAUCGUGGCCUCGCUCAGUUUGGUGACGGAAGAUUUCCCUGCUCAAGAGCUGAGGUGUAUCUCCUCCAGAAUUGCCAAAGAUGAAGAGCAGGAAGCUGGUGAUCUCAAGGGAUCAGGGGGACAGGAAGGGCAAAAAGGAGAGACUAGGAGGAAUCUGUCUGACUUCCGGGCAGAAGACUCUUGUCGAAAUUUAAUUCAGAAACAGGAAGAAAAGAACAAAUAUCCUUCAGGUAGCAGGGCAUUAAUCUCUGAAUUCAAACUCGAAUUACACCACAGAAUUUAUACACGGGAGAAACUCUAUCAACGUUCAGGAUGGACAAAGAGCUCAAACUUUCUUUCGCAUCAAAAAAUCCAUUCAAGUGAGAAAUCUGAUACUUGUUCGGCACAUGGAAAGAACUUUCUUCAGAUAGGUGAUCUUUUGCCGUAUCAAAGAAUUUACGGAGAACAGAAAGUAUUUAAAUGCUCAGAGUGCGGAAGGCAAUUCAAUCAGAGUGCCUCUCUGACCCGACAUCAGCAAUUACACAGGGAAGAAAGACCCUAUCAAUGCUUGGAGUAUGGAAAGAGUUUCGGUAAGAACACUUCCCUUAUUUCACAGAGGGGAAUUCACGCUGAGGAAAAACUGUACAAAUGCUCGGAGUGCGGAAAGACCUUUAGCCACACCGCGCUCUUAGGUCAGCAUAAAAAAAUCCACUGGGGAGAGAAGCCGUACCUGUGCUCAGAAUGUCCCAAGACAUUCAACACGAACGCCGGUCUGGUUUCUCACAGGAGGAUUCACACGGGGGAAAAACCGUACGUGUGUUUGGAGUGUGGAAAGUGCUUUCGGCAGAGAACACACCUUACGACCCACCGAAGGACCCACACCGGGGAGAAGCCGUAUAAAUGCUUUGAGUGCGGAAGGAAUUUCAGUCAGAGUUCACACCUUACUUUGCACCAACGCACUCACACGGGAGAGAAACCAUACCGUUGCUUUAUGUGCGAGAAGAGAUUCAGCAACAGGACCUACCUUAAUUGCCACGAAAGGACCCACACGGGGGAGAAACCCUACAAAUGCUUGGAAUGUGGAAAGAGCUUCAGUCAGAGCACCAGCCUUAGUAUCCAUAAAAAGAUUCACCAAGGGGAGAAACCAUAUGCUUGCUUUGUAUGCCGAAAGAGCUAUUCGUGUAAGAAAAACCUCACUUCUCAUCAGAGAUGUUGUGGUCCGCCAGCAGCCUGUGGAGCUGGCAGCGGAGUUGGAGAAGAAAAACCCUUGUUCCCAAAGAUGGCUCAGAAAAUCCCUUUGAGACAGGCUGGUCCUAUGAGUGGAAAGUCUUCCGCCGAUCCAAGGGAUCCUUGGGUGCUGUGGAAUCCUAUAGAGAACAAGGCGCCACGAGACACUGCAGGGGAAGAAGAAGGAAAAGGGUACCACUCUGUCGAGCCUGAGGCUCCCGGGGAAGUCUGGGAACAGGCCAAGCAGAACAUUCUGGAAGAAGAAGCCAGUUGGGUUGCACAACAUCGCAAUAUCCGUGAGUUCUGCUACCAAGAAGCUGAAGGUCCCCGAGACAUUUGCAGCCGUCUCUACCAUCUCUACCGUCAGUGGCUCAAGCCAGAAAUACACACAAAAGCCCAGAUGCUGGACUUGGUGAUCUUGGAGCAGUUCCUGACCAUCCUUCCCCCGGAAGUGGAAAACUGGGUCCGUGAAUGUGGAGCAGAGACCAGUUCCCAGGCGGUGGCCCUUGCAGAAGGUUUUCUUCUCAACCAGGCCGAAGAGAAGAGGCUGGAAGAGCUGCAGGAACCCUUCGUGGACAAGUUUGCUGGACCCUCUAAAAUACAGGGAGAUACGCCAUAUCGUUCUCAGGAUCUGGUCUUACGAGGCAUGUCCCAGGAGGAUACAGAACUAGAGAACGGAAUGACACCGAUGGUCCCUAUGGAAACAUCUCUUCUUUCUGGGGGUGCAGAAUCCACAAUUGUACUUCCAGCUCAGGAAGAAGUGGGUGUCCAUUUCACGAAGGAGGAAUGGGCUCUUCUGGAUUCCAGGCAAAGAACUCUGCAUGGAGAGGUCAUGAUGGAGACAUCAAGGAUCUUAGCCUGUCUCAGAGCUGAACAAGGGAUAAAGAGCUAUAAGGAGCCACAUCUGGCACCAGAGCCAACCAGCAAAAAUGAAAUGGCUGAAGAGACAUUUUGCAGUCAAUCGAAACUAACGAGAAAUGAGGGAAACCAUCUAAAAUACAGGGAAGAGAAAGCUUCUGCUCCUCCUGCUGUAAUCCAAAACUUACAAAUCCAGUCAGAUUCGAAAGGAGAAAGAACAGAAAAGUGUCAGUUCUGUGGGGAAAGAAUAAUGGAUAAAACAGAUUCGUGUAAACGUUGUGGCACCCAGAAUAAAAUGGCACAAAAUGGAGGCACAGGUUCCAGAAGGUAUGACAGUCGGCCCAACCCCAUGACUGUCACUUACUAUAUAGGAGAGAAACCGUAUCACUGCACGGAGUGCGGAAAGAGCUUCCGUCAGAACUAUCACCUCAGUUACCACAAACGAACCCACACAGGGGAGAAACCCUAUAAAUGCAGUGAAUGUGGGAGAGGAUUCGCGCUCAGCGGUGCCCUGACUACCCAUAAAAGGACCCACACAGGAGAGAAACCUUAUAAAUGCCUGGAGUGUGGAAAGAGCUUCUGCAGGAACAGUUCCCUGAUUUCCCAUAAAAAGAUCCACAAAGAGGAGAAACCGUGUUAAUGUUAAGAAGCAAGGAAAGAGCUUCAUCGUUCUACUGGACUUAUUUCCUGGAAAAGGAUCCAUGUGAUGAUCCGGGGCACGGCAGCUGACAGUUCAAACCGCCUCUUUAUUGCUCCAACUUUCCCCCAAACGCUCCCAUGUUUCUGGCAGGUCCCAGAGCAAAGUGAUAACACCCACACAUAUACCUCCAGCAGCUUCUGGCAGCAAAUAGUCCAGUACAAUGCUGUGAGCACAAUGGCUGCAAAGCGAGAAAUCCAGCAGGGCAAGAAAGUAACUCAAGGAGGGGAGCAAAGAACAAGGCAAUUAAUCCAAGAAUCGUCCAACUUCGGCAACAGCACACAACACUCAAUGAAUUCAGCAUUUGUUCCCGACAAAUGCCCUCCCCCCCACAGUGUCUCCUUAAAGGCUCAGUCCCCAGGUGUGCCUUGUAAAGAGGGGCAGGGCACUCUCCUCCCAAGUCAUCGGGUCAGCCUGCGCUGUUCCCGCCUUCUCUCCUCUCUCCGUGCUCGAGGAUCAGGAGGGGGUGGUCCUUGCUCAUCACCUGAGCUCUGUCUCUCAUGUUCACUGUUUAGCCUCUCUUGUUCAUCCUGCCCCUGUUCCUGCCUGCAAGCCAUCCCAAUCCUGAAAAGCCCUGGCCUGACUGGGCCUGCUCCUCCCCACCUUCUUCCAAAGCCAACGACGACGCCCCCUCGAUCUCUAUUGGCUCCAGUUCCAGUUCGUCUUCCUCCUCAGUUUCAGGCUCCGACGGGGGCAUGACAACCCAUUCAAGCGAACGUACAUCAGUCAAAAGUGCAUCAUUUUCUCCCAGCUGUUUUUUAACCUCCACGCUCCAAAAUGUGAGAAGACCAAUGCAAAAGUCUAAAGUUGAUGAAAUAACGAUUACUUAUAGACUUAUAUACCGCUUCACAGUGCUUUACAGCAGGGAUCCCCAGCCCCUGAUUCAUGGACUGCCACUGGUCCGAGCAUGCCAGGUACCGGGCCACGCAAACAAGCAAAGCCCCAUCCGUGGGAUGCAGGCAGCACAGGAAACCACGCCCCGUCUGGUCCACAGAAAAACCUCUCUCCAUGGAACUGGUCCCUGGCGGUUGGAGGCCACUGUUUAACAGCCCUCCCUACGAUCCUCAAUUUAGGACCAUAAUUGAACCAGUUAUUAAGCAGGUCACCGCCUGAUUUAACCAACAGUUUUUGCGGUGAUUUAACAAACAAGCCUAUUAUACCUUUUUUCUUUUUUUUGCUGGAAACCAGAAAUAAACAUUGGUCAUAAAUCACAGUCACAGUCAGGUAACCAUGGGAAAUUAGAAAUUAGACUGGCCACUCCCUCCCCACUCUGAUACCCUUUUGUAAGGCUCUGAAGAUUUGGUUGCACAACCAACCUCUUCUUUUUCCUCGGCCUCACCCCUAGUUUAAAUCCUAUAGUCCUGGCACUCGUGCAUCUGAUGAAGUGAGCUGCAGUUUUUUAAUAUGCUAGAUUUCUUCU